AUGACCGCUCUUCAUUAUGCCUUAAUAGAUAUCAAUGCAAAAUCUAAAAUGAGAAGAACUUUUUUUCAACAUGCUGUUUUACAUAGUUCAACUAAGGCUGCCAAGAUUCUAUUAUCAAAUGGAGCAGAAAUUAAUGCAAAAAGUAAUGAUGGAAUGAAUGAAUUACAUAUUGCAGCAUAG